UCCUUGUGAAAGGAGAGAACCCUUCAAAUGGCUUUCCUCUGCUGGUUUUCUCUUUCUCUGAUCGGCUUUUUGUACAGAACUCACAUGGUUAUUGCUCAACACGAUGAUCGAUCGACAAUGUUGGCUCUUAAGAAGGAGCUUGAAGUGCCUGGAUGGGGUGCCAAUGAUUCUGAUUACUGCUCUUGGACGGGCGUAAAGUGCAGCUCCAACCUGUCUAUGGUAGAAAAGCUUGACCUUUCUCACAAUGAGCUUCAAGGUAAUGUAACUUUAGCUUCUGAGCUCAAAGCCUUAAAAUGGCUUGACCUUUCUUUCAAUAACUUUCGUGGGCCUAUCCCUCCAGCUUUUGGGAAUCUAUCAGAGCUCUGGUUUCUUGAUAUAUCUUGGAAUAAGUUUGAGAGCUCCAUUCCACCAGAGUUGGGUAGUAUUAGAAACCUUAGAUCAUUAAACCUCUCUUAUAAUGAGCUUACUGGAAGAAUUCCUGAUGAACUUCAGGGUCUAGAAAGUAUACAGAAUCUUCAAAUUUCUGGGAAUAGAUUGAAUGGAUCUAUUCCAAAUUGGAUGGGCAAUUUAUCCAAUCUGAGAGUGUUCACUGCCUAUGAGAAUGACUUAAGUGGCAAAAUUCCUGAAAAUUUAGGCUCUGCUUCUGACCUUCAGCUGUUGAACCUUCACUCCAACCAGCUUGAAGGACAUAUACCAAAGAGCAUUUUCGCUGCAGGGAAGUUGCAGGUUUUGGUCCUUACUAUGAACAAGUUGACUGGGAGUCUACCUGAAUCCGUCGGAAUUUGCAAAGGCCUUUCGAGUAUCCGGAUUGGAAACAACAUGCUUAUAGGAAGCAUUCCUAAAUCAAUUGGCAAUCUCAGUAGUCUUGCAUACUUUGAAGCAGAUAACAAUAAUCUCUCUGGAGAGAUUGUGGUAGAGUUGUCCCAAUGUUCUAACCUCACCCUGCUGAAUUUAGCAUCUAAUGGGUUUACAGGAACAAUGCCUCAAGAGCUUGGAAAGCUUAUUAACUUGCAGGAAUUAAUUGUUUCUGGUAAUGGUCUCUCUGGAGAAAUCCCAAAGUCUAUUAUUUGGUGCAGGAACCUUAACAAGCUCGAUCUAAGUAACAACAGAUUCAAUGGCACCAUACCAGAAGACCUCUGCAAUGCACCUAGAUUGCAAUUCUUGCUCUUGAGUCAGAAUUCAUUUAGAGGUGAGAUACCACAUGAGAUUGGCAAUUGUGCAAAACUGCUUGAGUUGGAAAUGGGCAGUAACUAUCUGACUGGCACUAUCCCUCCUGAGAUCGGGCGGAUCAAGAAUUUGCAGAUAGCGCUCAAUCUGAGCUUCAAUCAUCUUCAUGGACCACUACCUUCUGAGCUCGGGAAACUAGACAAGCUGGUUUCAUUAGAUGUCUCUAACAAUCAACUUUCGGGGAGCAUUCCAUAUGCAUUCAGAGGCAUGAUGAGCUUGAUAGAGGUAAAUUUCUCCAAUAAUAUGUUCAGUGGUCCAGUACCCAUCUUUGGGCCAUUCCAGAAGAGCACCAAAUCAAGCUUUGCUGGUAAUAAAGGACUCUGUGGAGAGCCACUGAGCUCUUCCUGUGGAAAUUCUUUUGGUUCCGACCAUGGGGGUUACCAUCACAAGGUUUCAUAUAGGAUCUUAUUGGCUGUUAUUGGUUCUGGUUUGGCAGUUUUCAUAUCGGUAACAGUCGUUGUUCUUCUGUUUAUGAUGAGGGAGAAGCAAGAAAAAGCAUCCAUGGAUGCAGACAUUGUAGAAGAUGGAGCUGCUAAUCCACCAGUUAUAAUAGCAGGAAAUAUCUUUGUUGAGAAUCUUAGGCAAGCAAUAGAUUUUGAUGCUGCUGUGAAAGCAACAUUAAAGGAGUCCAAUAAGCUCAGCACUGGGACGUUCAGCACGGUUUACAAGGCAGUUAUGCCUUCUGGUAUGAUUCUAUCAGUUAAGAGACUGAAAUCCAUGGAUAGAACAGUAAUUCAACACCAGAGCAAGAUGAUUAGAGAACUCGAAAGGCUGGGGAAACUCUACCAUGAUAAUUUGAUGAGGCCCCUUGGAUUUAUAAUCUAUGAAGAUCUUGUUCUCUUGCUGCAUGAUUAUUUGCCCAAUGGAACAUUGGCUCAGCUUCUUCAUGACUCAACCAAGAAGACUGAAUAUGUACCUGAUUGGCCUACAAGGCUCUCCAUUGCCAUUGGAGUAGCAGAAGGGUUGGAUUUCCUUCAUCAUGUAGCCAUUAUCCAUCUUGAUAUCUCUUCAGGUAACAUACUUUUAGAUGCCAAUUCAAAGCCUUUGGUUGGGGAGAUUGAGAUAUCAAAACUCCUGGAUCCAUCAAGGGGCACUGCAAGUAUCAGCGCAGUGGCCGGUUCAUUUGGUUACAUUCCUCCAGAAUAUGCAUAUACAAUGCAAGUUACAGCACCAGGAAAUGUCUAUAGCUAUGGGGUUGUGCUACUUGAAAUCCUUACAACCCGAUUACCAGUUGAUGAGGCAUUUGGUGAAGGGAUCGAUCUGGUGAAAUGGGUUCAUGGAGCUCCUGCAAGAGGAGAGACCCCAGAACAGAUACUUGAUGCAAGGCUGAGCACAGUUUCCUUUGCAUGGAGGAGAGAGAUGCUUGCAGUUCUGAAGGUUGCCUUGCUCUGCACUGACAGCACACCGGCUAAACGGCCCAAAAUGAAGAAGGUGGUGGAGAUGCUUGAAGAAAUAAAGCAAAGCUGAUGGCAUUUAUGUUUUUCUUAAAGCUUUCCAUCUUUCUGACUCCAUUGUAUCAAGACUCAUAAUUGUGAUGUUUGGAGAUGGCGCUUCAUUUAUGUCAAUCAAUUCACAAGGUUAGAUAUCAUUAUCCAUAAGAAGAAGAAGAUCGAUAGAUAGAGGGGAGGCGUUUUUCAUGAAG